AUGAGCCUCCAUAACUUUUCUGACGCCCUUAUGUGCAAGAUCUUCCCACUCACUCUCAGCGAGCCAAUUAUGUUGUGGUGCAACCAGUUGAAGCCCAAAUCAAUUUCUUGCUUCAACGAGCUGGAGUUGGAGUUCAGUAAACGCUUCGUCACCAGCAACAUUCAACCGAAGAUGUUGUCUACGCUGGUGAACAUGCGGAGAGCGGCUGGAGAAACUCUUCGGCUGUAUACCGAGCGCUACUGGAAAGUCUAUAAUCUUAUUCCCAACUGUGAUCAAGGAGUUGCGGCCGAAUCUUUUAUGAACGGGCUGGAUCCAGCCUCGGCAAUGUUCCGUGAUCUCUCACGAAAUCCACCAAAAACAAUGGGAGAGCUCAUGGCCAUAAUCGAGAAGGAUUGCGUCCACGAAGAAGCCAUGGCCGAGCGAAAUCCUCCAAAAGUUCCCGAACCUGCCAAGACAACAGGGGCAAAGAGACAAGUAUCAAACGUUCGCCAGGGGCAAGGAGGCCAAGGCGGUUCAGGCCAAGCAACCAACAAGCCGAACAACAAGGGCCGACCUCCGCAGCACCCACAGCCGCAGUCGUGGCCACAAACGAAGAGGGAGCCGCGGCCAGACGAGUAUGUUGCCGAGCAUACUGUAUUCACCGAACCUAUCUAUAAACUCCUCAACAUCAUUGGCAAAUUGCCAUUCUUUGUUUGGCCAACGGUACUCUUGGGCACCGUCGGUAGCGGACCAGGGAUGUGCACGUACCACAAGGAGCGCGGCCACUACACCACACAAUGCCCGCCUUUCAAACGGUAUCUAGAAGAGCUUGCAGCGGUUGGGCACCUGAAUCAGUGGAUCGACGUUCGGCGAAAUCCACUUCCAUCACCUCCCCCUCUUAUCGGCAAUCUUGUAAGCGUUAUACAAGGAUUGGUUUCAGAAGGAAGGGCGGCCGAGCUUCGUUCAGAAAUUGACAGAGUCGUUUCCUCUUUAUCCGUUUGCAACAUUGACGCUUCGGGCAAGCGAAAGUGGGAAGAUCCAAGCCUCGACAGUACUAUGACCUUUUCAUCCGACGACUUGAAAGGUGUUCAAGUCCAUCAUACGGACGCCCUCGUCAUUACUGUUGCUAUUGAAAAAUCAACCGUACAACGGGUAUUGAUUGACCAAGGAAGCUUGGCGGACGUGAUGUUUUACUCAACAUUCCUGAGCCUCGGAUUAUCUCCCGCUCAGCUUCGGACAGCAUCCACUCCCCUUGUUAGCUUCACUGGAGCCCCGGUUUGGCCACUCGGCUUGGUCACUCUUCCUGUGCGGGCGGGGUCACGGGUUCUCGAAAUUGAAUUUGUGGUGAUCGCUUCUCCCAGUCCAUACAACGUCAUACUCGGCCGAACCUGGUUGCAUGAAGUGAAGGCAGUCGCUUCUACCUAUCACCAGGUGGUCAAAUUUAUUGGAUGGAAUGGACGCCAAGAAAGCCUUCGAGGGGAUCAAAUCCAAUCGAAGAAAUGCUACAUCAGCACUGUCACAAACAAACAGAGCUGUAUGGAAGUACAAUGCGUGGAAGUCACUCCCGUUCCUAUAAUCGAAAAUGUUGGAGUGCCGGCCGAACGACGAUCUACCGAGGAGUUAAUACGCUUCUCGAUCCCUGGGGGCGAAUGA